UUUGCCUACUGGAAGAAUGCAGUGAAACUGCCAGUAUUUCUAGCUGGAAUUAUUAAUUUAACAUUCAACUUUAGUGUUACUAGUUUCUUACUAAAUAGUACCUCAAAGUAGAAGAAAAAUGUAUGGAAGUGCAAGAACAAUCAGCAACUUGGAAGGAAGUCCCUCCAGGUCCCCCCGCUUGCCAAGGUCCCCCCGCCUGGGCCACAGGCGAACCAGCAGCGGGGGAGGAGGGGGGACAGGGAAGACGUUGUCCAUGGAGAACAUCCAGUCCCUUAAUGCAGCCUAUGCAACAUCUGGACCAAUGUACCUGAGUGACCACGAGGGUGUAGCUUCUACUACUUUCCCAAAGGGCACAAUGACUCUUGGAAGGGCUACAAAUCGAGCUGUGUAUGGUGGCCGAGUCACAGCCAUGGGGAGCAGCCCCAAUAUCGCUUCUGCUGGACUGUCACACACAGAUGUCCUUUCUUACACUGACCAGCACGGAGGGCUGACCACAUCCUCACACCACCACCACCACCAGGUUCCUUCCAUGCUGAGACAGGUUAGGGAUAGCACCAUGUUAGAUCUGCAGGCUCAGCUUAAGGAUCUACAGAGGGAGAAUGACCUUCUCAGAAAAGAAUUAGACAUUAAGGAUAGCAAGCUGGGGUCCUCUAUGAACAGCAUCAAAACUUUCUGGAGUCCUGAGCUAAAGAAAGAGAGAGUAUUGAGGAAAGAAGAAGCAGCCAGAAUGUCAGUUCUUAAAGAACAGAUGAGAGUUACCCAUGAAGAAAAUCAGCAUCUGCAAAUGACAAUCCAGGCACUUCAAGAUGAGCUUAGAACCCAGAGAGACCUUAACCAUCUUCUCCAGCAAGAAAGUGGGAACCGAGGAGCUGAGCAUUUUACCAUUGAGCUCACGGAGGAGAAUUUUCGAAGACUUCAGGCAGAGCAUGAUAGACAAGCUAAAGAGCUCUUCCUGUUGAGAAAAACUCUAGAAGAAAUGGAGCUUAGGAUUGAAACACAAAAGCAAACACUAAAUGCUAGAGAUGAAUCAAUAAAAAAGCUUCUAGAGAUGUUGCAAAGUAAAGGUUUGCCUUCUAAAGGAAUGGAAGAUGACAAUGAGAGAACUCGAAGGAUGGCAGAGGCUGAAUCUCAGGUUAAUCAUUUAGAAGUGAUUUUAGAUCAGAAGGAGAAAGAAAACAUGCAUCUUAGAGAGGAACUGCAUAGAAGAACCCAACUUCAGCCUGAGCCAGCAAAGACGAAGGCUCUGCAAACAGUCAUCGAGAUGAAGGAUACAAAAAUAGCUUCACUUGAGCGCAAUAUAAGAGAUCUUGAAGAUGAAAUACAGAUGUUAAAGACAAAUGGAGUUCUGAAUACAGAGGACCGAGAAGAAGAAAUCAAACAAAUAGAAGUUUACAAGAGUCACUCAAAGUUCAUGAAAAAUAAGAUUGAUCAACUGAAACAAGAACUCUCAAAGAAAGAAUCAGAACUUCUUGCCUUACAAACUAAGCUUGAAACCCUUAGCAAUCAGAAUUCAGAUUGCAAGCAACACAUUGAAGUGCUUAAAGAGUCCCUUACUGCCAAAGAACAGAGAGCUGCCAUACUUCAGACAGAGGUUGAUGCCUUGCGGUUACGGUUAGAAGAAAAAGAAACCUUUCUGAAUAAAAAAACAAAACAACUUCAAGACCUCACAGAAGAGAAGGGAACCCUUGCUGGAGAAAUUCGAGAUAUGAAAGACAUGUUGGAAGUAAAAGAAAGAAAAAUUAAUGUCCUUCAGAAAAAGAUUGAAAAUCUACAGGAGCAACUUAGGGACAAAGACAAACAACUAACUAAUCUGAAAGACAGAGUGAAGUCGCUGCAGACGGAUUCCAGUAAUACAGACACAGCAUUGGCAACCUUAGAGGAAGCCCUAUCAGAAAAGGAAAGAAUAAUAGAGCGUCUGAAGGAGCAAAGGGAUCGAGAUGACAGAGAAAGACUUGAAGAAAUUGAAUCUUAUAAAAAAGAAAACAAGGACCUGAAGGAGAAAGUUAAUGCUUUACAAGCUGAACUGACGGAAAAAGAGUCUAGUUUAAUCGAUCUCAAAGAACAUGCAUCUUCAUUGGCAUCAGCAGGGCUGAAAAGAGACUCCAAACUUAAGUCUUUAGAAAUAGCCAUAGAACAAAAGAAAGAAGAGUGUAGUAAGUUGGAAGCACAGUUGAAAAAGGCUCAUGAAGCUGAAGAGGAGGCACGGAUGAAUCCAGAAUUUGCAGACAGAAUGAAACAGCUUGACAAGGAGGCAUCAUACUAUAGAGAAGAAUGUGGAAAAGCUCAGGCUGAGGUUGACAGACUUCUAGAAAUACUCAAGGAAGUAGAGAAUGAGAAGAAUGACAAAGAUAAGAAAAUUGCUGAGUUAGAAAGACAUAUGAAAGACCAAAACAAGAAGGUUGCCAAUCUGAAGCACAAUCAGCAGUUGGAGAAAAAGAAGAAUGCACAGUUGUUGGAAGAAGUUCGUAGGCGAGAGGACAAUAUGACUGACAACUCUCAACAUUUACAAGUAGAAGAGCUGAUGAAUGCACUGGAGAAGACCAGGCAAGAAUUAGAUUCUACCAAAGCCCGUCUUGCCUCAACACAGCAGUCUUUGGCUGAAAAAGAAGCACAUCUGGCUAACCUGAGAAUAGAGAGAAGGAAACAGCUUGAAGAAAUUCUGGAAAUGAAACAGGAAGCUUUGCUUGCUGCAAUUAGUGAAAAAGAUGCAAAUAUUGCCUUGCUUGAGCUGUCUGCUUCAAAGAAAAAGAAGACUCAAGAUGAAGUAAUGGCUCUUAAACGAGAGAAGGACAGAUUAGUACAUCAGUUAAAACAGCAGACACAAAACAGGAUGAAGCUGAUGGCAGAUAACUACGAUGAUGACCAUCACCACUACCACCACCAUCACCACCACCACCACCAUCGGUCUCCUGGGAGGACACAACACAACCACAGACCCUCUCCAGAUCAGGAUGAUGAGGAGGGUAUAUGGGCAUAGCCAUUCCUAUAAACCAAAGUUCCAGUUUUGUUUUGAGGGAUGAUCCGGUCACUGUUGGAGGCACAUAGCCACGGCACAAUCUCAUGCUGUACAUUGAUCACCUGUCCAACCUUUGCCUAGAGUGUGAUCCCCAGUUCCUUCAAGAGAUCCAUCUUUACCUGUCUAUAAAGAAGAAGAGGAGGAGGGAGACAUCUGGGAUAUUCAAGUAUCAAAGUUUAACACCAGAGCAGUUGUCAGAGGAACUAGUGAAAAAGGAAGAAAAAACUGUAGCACUGGAAGGUAACAAUGAUAAUCUAUUGCACUGGAUCUCCAAACACGACCAUGAUAUCCUGGAGAAGAUCACAGAUGCAGAAAAUGAAUGCUAAGGUUGAUAUCUAAUGAAAUGCUGCAUUAAUUAGCAUUUUCUCCAUUAUUUCUUGUAGUCUAUUGUGAAAUUAGAUACUUUGAAAAGUAAUGAAGGAGACUCAAGCAGAAAUUAUAAGAGCUUUAUUUCUGUCUUUAAUGGGUCUUGUGAGUUACUCUGUUUUUACAAAGAAACCAUCUGUUCAGAAUAUAGUUGUUUCAUGAAGUUCAGUUAAAGAGGUUAUUUAGCAAAUUUUUGGUAAAUUAAUAUUGAUUUUAAUAGGUAAUUCAGAUUCCCUAGAUGUGGCAUCUGCAUUUGCUGAUUUUACCUAGUCUAUUCUAAAGUCUCACUUCUAUUGCACUAGAUUAUCAAAGAGGUAUUAGUAAAAUGCUGUAUAAGGGUGUUGGCAUUAACUUUACCCCCAGUUAGAUACAGGCUUUUCCAAAAAAUAAAAGCAAGCCUUUACCCUCCUCUGUUUUCUUUUCUCUACUGAUAAAAUGAUAUAAAUUUAAAACAAACCAAAACCAAAUAUUGAUACUAUAACCGGUAUUAAGCUCUGGGCCAGGUUGGAAAUGAAAUCAAUUUUUGGUACUAGUAACUGAUGACAAAUCUUAGUUUUAUGAAAAUAUGGUGUGUGUCUCUGACAAUGCAUAGGACAUCUAAUUUGAACAUAAAUAUAUGAUUAUAAAAAAGAUGUAUCUAUUCCUGGAUGGUAAAAGCUUGAGCUGUAUAUAAAUACAUAUGUGUGUGUAUAUAUGGACAUGUACACAAGGAUGUAUCAACCUUUUACCAUCCAAAUGCAUACAUGUUUUCAACAAAAAAAGCUGGGACUCUAAAGAAACAAACAAAAACAAAAAUAAAGAUAAGAUUGCUGUGAAUAACAGUAUAUGCACUAGGUCUCCUGUAAAUGUGGAACUGUUUGUUAUUGUUCUCUGCAUUGAAAAACAGUCUCCAACACAGACCCCAAUGAAUCUUAGAUGUUAAAGAAAAUACCAAUGAACAAACAGCACUUGAAAGCUGUUUGUGUCAACAAAAUAUGUCUAGUAAAAUAAAUUUAAAGCACAUGCAAGGAAAAAUAAAAAUCUGAAGUCGUUCCAUUCAGUGAGAGACUCUUAACUGACAGUCAGAUCUCUACCACUUCUCAAGGAGAGGUUCCUUCUGACUCCACAAACAUUUUCAGUCAGUCUGGCAAACAUGUGCAAAUGUUUGGCUGUUUUGUUGAGGCAUAUUUUUGUCCAUGGAAGAAAUGCUUCCAUGCUGAUGGCAGUGGAAAUAGAAUAUCUGCAUUUUUAAAGGACAAACAAUAAAUUUAAGCAUGGGUGGCCUUAAUCCUUAGUAGUUUUUCUUUGCUGCUGUUAAAAAAAAAAAAAGAAAAAAAAAAAAGAAAAAAAAAAAGAAAUCUAAAUGGAUACUCCUAAAGUCUUGCACUGAAUUUAGAAAAAUUAUUUUUUGAACCUGUGGUGCGAUUAACCCUCAACAUCCUACAUGAGCCAUACAUAGUAAUCCCCUGAAAAUUACUGUCUAGAAAUUAUAUUUUAUUUUAUUUGUACCAUGAUUCUCGGUGCAAUCAAGGAGCAAUUUAUUUGAGCAGGAGUCCUGCUGGAUGUGACUGUCUUCAGUAAAUAGAAUAAAAUGUAUAGAAUUAGCAUAGCGUAGAUGAUCCCAAUUUCAUUCAUGUUUAAACAGUUUGUCCUUUAACUAUCAACGGCAUUUUAGAUCUUUGUUUUUGAAACAGCAAAGCUUUCGGGAGUAUAUUUAGCACAUAUGACAAAUGUUGCACUUGGAAACUCAGACAACAAAACAGGUUUCUGAUGACAGAUUUGUUGUCGCAGUAGGGGACAAUCGUCUGUGUCUCUUACAAUCAGGUCUUUACCUUAACUCUGCAACCGAAUACUUGAAGUAGGAUAUAAACUAGGGGGGAAAUAGGGUCACAGAUACAAAGCUGUAUAGUUAGAUAUUUAUAUGUAUGUGCCAAUUUUGUCACAGAUAUUAUUUUAGGGGCAUUUUUGCUCCACUCAUGUUGGUAUGAGUAUUGAUCUAAACUUUUAUCAGGGCCUAAAAGUUAGCCCCUAAAGAGGAAAAUUUUGUCUAACAUUGAUUUUUUUUCUUCUUGCUUUGCUUUUGGUUUUGUUUUGUUUUUUUUUUUUCUCCUUCUUUUCAUUUCAUGUGAUAUUCUAUGAUGUUUGGAGAAAAUCUUUUCAUAUCCUAAAAUAGAAUCUCGGGGUUUACAAUAAACACUGUGAUGUUGGGAAAUAUUUUAUUUGAGCAAUGUUUGGUAGAUUUUUUUCCCCCCUCCUCUGAGUGUAAUGAAGCAAACCAACUUUUGCUUAACAUUUAAGAUAAUGGUUAUUAUUUUAAUGUGAGAUCAGUCUUGUACUGCACAUUCUUUCUUUCAUUUAAAUGUACAGUAUGAAUUUUGUAUUUAAUGAAUUUUGUGUAUCCAGUAUGCACGUACCUGCACAUUGACUUUCAUUUGAAAGUGGGUUUCAAUUUCCUUUUUAAACAGUGUUUAUGAAAAGACCUCAGAUGUGUUGACACAAACUAUAUCCGCAAUGUUUCUUUUGUGUGUGUAGGGUGACGUUUGAAUGUGAUGUUCUGCAGCAAUGGGUCAGUAUCCCCUAUUUACCUUAGAUCCUCAUUUGAUAGUGCUUCUUGUAAUAAUUUUUUCAAGUGAGUGGCAUGUUCUGGAUUGUGAUAUUGAUAUAUGGUUAAGGACAUUGAUAUGAAACUAAGGAAUUCCUAGAAAUUACCAGUGGGCAUGUAUUAGACAGUCAUUGUAAUUUAAUGUCUUGUAGAAGUGUAAAGUACCAAGGUAUUUAGAGUUCAUAACAUUGUUAUCAUGUGUAUGGGAAGUAUUUAGUGUUGAUCAGCUUGUUUAUUUUCAUCAAAUAAACUUUGUUUCUUUCUGAAA